GCUAAUCACUACCAACAAGUUCAAAGAUAUACUUCUUUAUAUUAUAUGUUAAAUAUAUUACUCUUAAUAUUAAUUUUAUUUUAUUUCUCUUGUGCUAAUUACUAUUACUAUUCUAAAUAUAUCUAUACACUAUACACAAUGUCUUUGAAGAUAGGAGCUGAAAAUUGGCCAAAAUCAUCGUCACAAAAGGAUGAAGAACCAUUGAUAGUUAUAAGAGAGUAUGAUGAAGAGAAACACAAAGUGGAAGUAGAGAAAUUGGAGAGACUUUGUGAAGUUGGACAAAGAGGAAAACCUUCUCUUGUUACUGACUUAUUGGGUGAUCCUAUUUGCAGAAUUCGUCACUUUCAAUUACAUGUCAUGCUGGUUGCAGAAUAUGGAAAAGAAGGAGAAAUUGUUGGAGUGAUAAGAGGUUGUGUGAAAACAGUUGCAAGAGGGAAUUCAGCUUAUGUAAAACUUGCUUAUGUUUUAGGACUUAGAGUCUCUCCCAAGCACAGGAGAUUUGGCAUUGGCACAAAAUUAGUUGAACAUUUAGAAGAGUGGUGCAAGCAAAAAGGAGCAAAGUAUGCAUAUAUGGCAACUGAUUGUACAAAUGAGCCAUCCAUCAAUUUGUUCACAAAAAAAUGUGGUUACUCAAAAUUCAGGACACUGACCAUGCUAGUGCAACCUGUCCAUGCUCAUUACAAGCCAAUCAGCACAAGUAUUGCCGUUCUUCGCCUACCACCGCGCCUAGCCGGGCUCACGUACAACCAUAUGUUCACCAAUUCAGAAUUUUUCCCAAAAGACAUGGACUUGAUUUUGUCAAAUAAACUUAAUUUGGGCACAUUCAUGGCCAUCCCAAAAAAAUACCUAACAAAAUGUGAUCCAAAAAAUGGUAUUUUCCCUCCAAGCUAUGCAAUAUUAAGUGUGUGGAACACAAAAGAAGUGUUCAAAUUACAAGUUAAAGGAAUGUCACCUUUUGUGCAUGCAUGUUGUGUAGGUACAAGAUUAUUAGAUGGAUGUAUGCCAUGGCUAAAGUUACCUUCAUUUCCUAAUGUUUUUAGGCCAUUUGGAAUUUAUCUAAUGUAUGGAUUACAAAUGGAGGGUAAAUUUGGAAAACAACUUAUGAAGUCAUUAUGUGGAUUUGUGCAUAAUAUGGCUAGAGAUGAUGGUGGUUGUGGGGCUAUUGUGGCUGAAGUUAGUCAAAGGGAUCCAGUUAGAGAAGCAAUUCCACAUUGGAGCAAAUUAUCUUGGGCUGAGGACAUGUGGUGCAUUAAAAAUCUUGAAGAUAUGAAGAAGGAAAUUUUCCAUGAAAAAUGUGGACUCUCUAAUUGGCUGAAUUAUAGAUCAUCUUCAUCAGUAAUUUUUGUUGAUCCUCGUGAUUUUUGACACUACCUCAUAUUGUAUAUACUACUUUCGAUUUUUUUAUAAGAAAUAUUUGACUUUUUAUAUUCAUUGAAUAAUUGAUGUAACUAGUAUAUAUUAUAGAUCAGAUACAUCAAUUAUUUAAUAAGUAUAAAAAGUGAAUUGUUUCGUAUAAAAAAUAUCGUAAGAAGUGUUAUCUAUAUAUCUAAUAUCUAUAGAGGGGAAAGAAGUUCUUGCUAGGUACUAAUUACUAAUUGGGAAUGGUUACACUUUGAAUGGACAAAAUGAAAAUGUUAGUAAAACAUUUUCUUUUGUCAUUGUCAUAUAUAAAGUAACUACUCUUU